AUGGUCCAGGUUGGAUCGCCGUUCUGGAAAGGAAGACCACUUUCUUCCAAGCCUCAUGACCAAAGUACUGUCGUCGGCGCUUCAUAUUCCCAUGCGAAUAUACUAAAAGGUAUUCCCCAACAGCAUACUCGCCCGCGAACUCCACCCCGGCCAUCGUCCAUCGGAUCGCAACACGUUUCUCCAUCUCCCCACCAUUCCGGAACGCGAACCACACCUACUCGUACAUCCUAUUCCGGUAUCAUGAGCCAAGGGAUCGAUCCGUGGGGCCACGACCCCACGGCGGCGGAAGAGGAUGACGAUGACGACGAGGAAGACAUUGUAUUCGACGACGAUGAAGAUGAGUUCGGACUUCCGAGCCUAUCUAGCGUGCGAAAAACACAAAACAGAACCGCUGGUCCGCAUUCUCUCAAAACCGUCGAUCCGGGCGGCGGAAUUCGAAACAAUCCUGCGACCCUGGGGGUUGGCCCGCCCAGCAACCGACAGCGCGCAAAUAGUUCAGACAUCGCGGAGGAGCGAGGUGCUUCGAUGUAUCCCACCGCCCGAAAGGGCGAAGGGAAGAUAUUGCGCCCUCAGUACAAAGACAUCCUGAGAGAUCCCGCAAACGCUUUGAAUCUUAUCAACCAUGCGCCGCCCCCUAAAAACGCAACCCCGAAAGAGAUGGACGCGUAUACGAGUCGUAUAUCGAGAAUCAACAAAUUUAAACGUCUCUUGCAAACAAGUACCGUUCCUCUCCCAGAAUUGAGGAAUCUAGCAUGGUCUGGCGUUCCCGACGAAGUGCGAGCCAUGACCUGGCAGCUGCUGCUUGGCUACCUUCCUACGAACAGCGAACGGCGGAUUUCAACUCUUGAAAGAAAGCGCAAGGAAUAUUUGGACGGGGUGCGACAAGCCUUUGAACGCAGUAGCGCUACAAGCACCGGGACCCCUCCCGCCCCGGCCACGGGGCGUGGCAGAGGCCUGGACGAAGCGAUCUGGCAUCAGAUUAGCAUAGACGUUCCCCGCACCAGUCCUCACAUCCAGCUUUACAGUUACGAAGCCACCCAGCGUUCCCUAGAACGAAUACUUUAUCUCUGGGCCAUUCGCCAUCCCGCCAGUGGCUAUGUUCAGGGGAUAAAUGACCUGGUCACACCUUUCUGGCAGGUCUUUCUGGGCAUGUAUGUCACAGACCUGAAUGUCGAAGAGGGCAUGGACCCGGGCCAAUUACCAAGAAGUGUACUGGAUGCCGUGGAGGCAGACUCGUUCUGGUGUAUCACAAAGCUUCUUGAGGGUAUUCAAGACAAUUAUAUAUACGCACAGCCGGGGAUUCACCGACAGGUCAGGGCGCUGCGUGACUUGACAAUGAGGAUUGAUUCAGCUCUGGCAAAACACUUGGAAAAGGAGGGGGUUGAGUUCAUGCAGUUUAGUUUUCGGUGGAUGAAUUGCUUGCUCAUGCGAGAGAUGAGCGUUCAGAACACCAUAAGAAUGUGGGACACGUAUAUGGCUGAGGAACAAGGUUUCUCACGGUUCCAUUUAUAUGUAUGCGCAGCGUUUCUUGUGAAAUGGUCGGAUCAGUUGGUGAAGAUGGAUUUCCAAGAGAUUAUGAUGUUUUUACAGGCUCUUCCGACAAGAGACUGGACAGAGAAAGACAUAGAGCUUCUUUUGAGCGAGGCAUUCAUCUGGCAAAGUCUAUUCCAGGACUCUCGGGCUCAUCUUCGUCCUGCUGGUGACCGAUCCCCCGAGAAUGGCUUGCAAUGA